AGGGUCUGAGGAGGGGAUAGGGAAGGGGAAGUCCCCGCCCCCAAGCCCCCUCCCAUUGGCCAAGGGCUUCCUGGCCCCAUCCCACCGCCCGCCUCCAGGGAGACGCUUAAAGGGUGCAGAGCAGGUGCCUCUGGUGGAACAAGAAGUUUGCGCAAGUGUCCGGCGUGCUGUGCAGGGCGCUCAUUCAUUGUCCCCUACGGUCCAUCCGUCUGAAUCCGGCGGAAAGUGCCUCUAGGCCCGACGCAGCCGCCAACUGGGGGACCGAGAGUGCGGCUGACCCUCUUCAAAGCAGUGACGAGGGACGGUGGCCGCAUCCAUGCAGUCGUGUGCCAGGGCGUGGGGGCUGCGCCUGAGUCCUGGAGUCGGGGGUGGCCGCCGCCUGGCUGGGGGCUCGGGGCCUCGUUUGGCACCACGGGUCCGGGACAGCAGCAGCGGUGGCGGGGACAGCGGCAAGGCGGGGGCCUCACGCGUCCUGGAGCGCCUCCUGCCCAGACACGACGACUUCGCUGAGAGGCACAUAGGCCCCCGGGACAAAGACCAGAGGGAGAUGCUACAGGCCUUAGGGCUGGCGAGCAUUGAGGAGCUGAUUGAGAAGACGGUCCCCGCCAGCAUCCGCUUGAAAAGACCCCUGAAAAUGGAAGACCCUGUUUGUGAAAAUGAAAUCCUUUCGACUCUGCGAGCGAUUUCAAAGAAAAAUCUACUCUGGAGAUCAUAUAUUGGCAUGGGCUAUUAUAACUGCUCAGUGCCCCAGACGAUUUUGCGCAACUUGCUGGAGAACUCAGGAUGGAUCACCCAGUACACUCCGUACCAACCAGAGAUAUCUCAGGGCAGGCUGGAGAGCUUACUCAACUACCAGACGAUGGUGUGUGACUUGACGGGCAUGGACACAGCCAACGCCUCCCUGCUGGAUGAGGCCACGGCGGCUGCUGAAGCCAUGCAGCUGUGCUACAGACACAACAAAAGGAAGAAAUUUUUUGUUGACCCUCGUUGCCACCCACAGACAAUAGCUGUCAUCCAGACUAGAGCCAAAUACAAGGGAAUCCUUGUGGAGCUCAAGCUACCACACGAAAUGGACUUCAGUGAAAAAGAUGUCAGUGGAGUGUUGUUUCAGUACCCAGACACAGAAGGGAAGGUGGAAGACUUCACAGAACUUGCGGAGAGGGCCCACCAGACUGGGAGCCUGACCUGCUGCGCAACUGACCUUUUAGCCUUGUGUAUUUUGAAGCCACCUGGAGAAUUUGGGGUGGACGUAGCUCUGGGGAACUCCCAGCGAUUUGGAGUGCCGCUAGGCUAUGGGGGACCACAUGCUGCGUUUUUUGCUGUUAAAGAAAACUUAGUGAGGAUGAUGCCCGGAAGGAUGGUGGGGGUAACAAGAGAUGCCACCGGGAAAGAAGUGUACCGUCUUGCCCUUCAGACAAGAGAGCAACACAUCCGGAGAGACAAGGCCACUAGCAACAUCUGUACAGCUCAGGCCCUCCUGGCUAACAUGGCUGCCAUGUUUGCCGUCUAUCAUGGUUCCCAUGGACUGAAGCAUAUUGCUAGAAGGGUACAUAAUGCCACUUUGAUUUUGUCUGAAGGCCUCAAGCGAGCGGGGCACAAACUCCAGCAUCACCUGUUCUUUGACACCCUGAAGAUUCAGUGUGGCUGCCCAGUGAAGGAGGUCCUGGGCAGGGCCGCUCAGCGACAAAUCAAUCUUCGUAUCUAUGGUGACGGCACACUUGGUAUAUCUCUUGAUGAAACAGUCAAUGAGAAAGAUCUGGAUGAUUUGCUGUGGAUCUUUGGCUGUGAGUCAUCGGCAGAGCUGGUCGCUGAAUGCAUGGGCGAGGAGCUGAGAGGUAUUCCAGCCUCUGCAUUCAAGAGAACUAGCCCGUUCCUCACACAUCAGGUGUUCAACAGAUAUCACUCAGAAACAAACAUCGUCCGAUAUAUGAAGAAGCUGGAGAACAAAGACAUCUCCCUCGUUCACAGCAUGAUCCCACUGGGAUCCUGCACCAUGAAGCUCAAUAGUUCAUCCGAACUCUCACCCAUCACAUGGAAAGAAUUUGCAAACAUCCACCCCUUCGUGCCUCUGGAGCAAGCCCAGGGCUACCAGCAGCUCUUCCGAGAGCUUGAGAAGGAUUUGUGUGAACUCACAGGUUACGACCAAAUCUCUUUUCAGCCUAACAGCGGAGCCCAAGGGGAGUAUGCUGGACUGGCCACUAUCCGAGCUUACUUAGACUGGAAAGGCGAGAGACAAAGAACGGUUUGUCUCAUUCCAAAGUCAGCACACGGAACCAAUCCAGCGAGCGCCCACAUGGCAGGCAUGAAGAUCCAGCCUGUGGAGGUGGAUAAAUAUGGGAGUAUUGAUGUCACUCACCUCAAGGACAUGGUGGAUAAGCACAAGGAGAACCUGGCAGCCAUCAUGAUUACAUACCCGUCCACCAACGGAGUGUUUGAAGAGAGUAUCAGUGAUGUGUGUGCUCUCAUCCAUCAGCACGGAGGACAGGUGUAUCUGGAUGGGGCAAAUAUGAAUGCUCAGGUGGGGCUCUGCCGUCCCGGAGAUUUUGGGUCUGAUGUCUCGCACCUCAAUCUGCACAAAACCUUCUGUAUCCCGCAUGGAGGAGGCGGCCCUGGCAUGGGGCCCAUUGGAGUGAAGAAGCACCUUGCCCCCUUCCUGCCCAAUCAUCCCAUCAUUUCAGUAAAGCCAAACGAGGAUACCUGGCCUGUAGGGACGGUCAGUGCGGCCCCGUGGGGCUCCAGUUCCAUCUUGCCUAUCUCCUGGGCUUAUAUCAAGAUGAUGGGGGGCAAGGGCCUUAAACAGGCUACAGAGAUUGCUAUAUUAAAUGCCAACUACAUGGCCAAGAGACUGGAGAAACACUACCGAGUUCUCUUUAGGGGUGCAAGAGGUUUUGUGGCCCAUGAAUUCAUUUUGGACACGAGACCCUUCAAAAAGUCUGCCAAUAUCGAGGCCGUGGACGUGGCCAAGAGGCUUCAGGAUUACGGCUUCCACGCCCCCACCAUGUCCUGGCCCGUGGCGGGGACACUCAUGGUUGAGCCCACCGAGUCGGAGGACAAGGCCGAGCUGGACAGAUUCUGCGAUGCCCUCAUCAGCAUCCGGCAGGAGAUCGCCGACAUUGAGGAUGGCCGCGUGGACCCCAAGGUCAACCCACUGAAGAUGUCACCACACUCCCUGACCUGCGUCACAUCCUCCAACUGGGACCGGCCGUAUUCCAGAGAGGUGGCAGCCUUCCCACUCCCCUUUGUGAAGCCAGAGAACAAGUUCUGGCCAACCAUUGCCCGCAUCGAUGACAUAUAUGGAGACCAGCACUUGGUCUGCACCUGCCCUCCCAUGGAAGUGUAUGAGUCCCCGUUCUCUGAGCAGAAGAGGGCGUCGUCUUAGCCCUCCCUCCCUGACUCCCGGGACUGCUGGGAUGCUGCUCUCUGGAGCACUAGGCAUGCGAGAAACUCUCCACCUCUCACCCCGGCUCAGUAGGGGUUUUAUAUACUGUGUAUAUUUUUGUAAUCGCUGUCUCAGCAGAGUGGAAACUGACUGUUGCAGGAUUGAUUUGCCUUCGUUCUCAGCCUCCCCGUGUGCCAGUUCAUUGAUCUGGGAGGCAGUCCUGUAGGUUUUUGGCAUAAGGGGCCUGGGGGGUAUGCUAGCAAAUUCUAACUUUCAAUGUGGCGGGCAUGCAAGUGUUACGCCCUAGUGGAGACUUUGUUCCAAAUAAGUCCUUGUGGACUGUGCCAUCCAUAGGCAAUCCCAGGGCGAAUGUUUACAUUUUGUACACUCUGAAGAAGCCCUUUUCCUCUAAUUUCUCUAAUUUGUAAGAGCAUUGCCAUUUUUCU